ACUGAUCAUACAUUUCCUUCCCUCGAAUCACUUCCUCCGUCUCUCUACGAACACUGGGAGGAGAAGAAGAAGAAAUCCUACAAUUUAGGGUUUAUGUUCGAUUUGGAUCCGAACCAUUGAUCUGGUAAAGGUAGACAAGAUUUUUGUAUAGAGGUGGUGGUGGCAGAAGUUGAACAAUGGCGGGUGCCGCCGGAGGUUUUGUUACUCGAGCUUUUGAGUCUAUGCUCAAAGAAUGUUCGCCUAAGAAGUAUGGAGACCUUCAGAAAUCUAUUCAGACUUAUUUAGAUAGUGCGAAGGGAGUCGUUCAGCAGCCCACUUCAAUUCUGAACAGUCAAGCAGGAUCUGCCGCCGGAGAUGCAAGUAUCAAUACAGCUUCCCCUGAAGUGCCGAAAGAUGGACAAACUGUUGAUAGCUCGCAGUCGAUUUCACAGACUUCCGAAAAGACAAGCACGGGGUCAACCAUUACAGCUGCAUUAGCCAGUGCUGGGCAUAAUUUAGAUGUGGAUGAAGCAGAGCUUGUUCUGCAGCCGUUACGACUGGCAUUUGAGACCAAGAAUUUGAAACUUGUAGAACCUGCUCUGGAUUGUCUCCAUAAACUGAUUGCGUAUGAUCAUUUAGAAGGUGAUCCUGGUUUGGAUGGCGGUAAAAAUUCUCCUCUUUUUACGGACAUUCUUAACAUGGUUUGCGGCUGUGUUGAUAAUUCACCAUCCGACAGUACAAUUCUGCAGGUGUUGAAGGUUCUUCUUACUGCUGUAGCAUCAACCAAGUUCAGAGUUCAUGGGGAACCACUUCUGGCGGUGAUCAGAGUAUGCUACAACAUCGCUCUUAACAGCAAGAGCCCCAUAAAUCAAGCUACGUCAAAAGCUAUGCUGACGCAAAUGGUCAGCAUCAUAUUUAGGCGAAUGGAGUCUGAUCAGCACAUUAGCGAUGUUUCCGAGAAUACUGAGGAAUCUCUUCCGGACACUGACAGGCCUGAUGCAGAAACCAGUUCACGAGUGGACUUAGACGACAAUAGUGAGAAAGGAGUUAUUCUUGGAGACGUGCUUUCGGUGAAUCAGACCAAAGAUACUCCGAUUGCGUCUGUUGAAGAACUUCAGAAUUUGGCCGGUGGUGCUGAUAUUAAGGGUUUAGAAGCUGUUCUUGACAAUGCCGUGCACAUUGAAGAUGGGAAAAAGAUAACAAGAGGAAUCGACCUCGAUAGCAUGAGCAUAGGGCAGCGGGAUGCUUUACUACUGUUCCGUACUCUUUGCAAGAUGGGUAUGAAGGAAGAGACGGACGAAGUUACUACCAAGACUAGACUUCUGUCUCUUGAGCUGCUGCAGGGUCUAUUGGAAGGUGUUAGUCAUACUUUUACCAAAAAUUUUCACUUUAUUGACUCGGUAAAAGCGUAUCUUUCUUAUGCUUUGUUGCGGGCAUCGGUUUCUCCUUCCCCAAUUAUAUUUCAGUAUGCAACUGGAAUCUUCGUGGUACUCUUGCUGCGUUUUAGGGAAAGUCUUAAAGGGGAAAUAGGUGUCUUCUUCCCUUUGAUAGUCUUAAGAUCGUUGGACAGCUCCGAUAGUCCUCUUAACCAAAGAACUAGUGUUCUCCGGAUGCUUGAGAAAGUAUGCAAGGACCCACAGAUGCUUGUUGACAUCUUUGUUAACUAUGAUUGUGAUCUUGAGGCACCAAACUUGUUUGAGCGCAUGGUUAGUGCUCUAUCAAAGAUAGCACAAGGGACCUUUAAUUCAGAUCCGAAUAAUGCAUCUCAAACAACAUCAAUUAAAGGCUCGUCUCUUCAGUGCCUUGUUAGCGUUUUAAAAUCACUGGUUGAUUGGGAGAAAGCGCGCAAAGAAAGCAAAAGGCAAAGUACAGGCUCUGAAUCUAUGGAAGACGAAGUUAUGGCAGGGGAUCGGUCUGAGUUAAGAAGUAGGGAGGAUGUACCCAGUAGCUUUGAGAAGGCUAAAGCUCAUAAGUCCACCAUGGAAGCUGCAAUAUCUGAGUUUAAUAGACACCCAGGAAAGGGAAUUGAGUAUUUAAUUACCAAUAAUCUGGUGGAGAGGACACCUGCUUCAGUUGCGCAGUUCCUAAGGAAUACAAACAGUUUGGAUAAGGCUAUGGUUGGUGAUUAUCUGGGCCAACACGAGGAGUUUCCCCUCUCUGUGAUGCAUGCUUAUGUGGAUGCAAUGAAGUUUUCAGGGAUGAAGUUUGACUCUGCAAUUCGUGAAUUCCUGCGAGGAUUUCGUCUUCCAGGGGAGGCACAGAAAAUAGAUCGCAUUAUGGAAAAAUUUGCCGAGCGUUAUUGUGCUGAUCAUCCUGGACUCUUUAAGAAUGCAGAUACUGCAUAUAUUCUUGCAUAUGCAGUGAUCAUGUUGAACACUGAUGCUCACAAUCCUAUGGUGUGGCCCAAAAUGUCCAAGUCCGACUUUGUACGCAUGAACACAGUUAGUGAUACAGAAGAGUGUGCCCCGAAGGAACUCCUGGAGGAAAUUUAUGAUUCAAUUAUUAGCGAGGAAAUAAAAAUGAAGCAUGACUUGCCCGCUACUGGGAAGAGCAGCAAAAGACCAGAAACUGAAGAGAGAGGUCGUCUUGUUAAUAUUCUUAAUUUGGCUUUACCCAGACGGAAAACAGAUAACGAUGUAAGGUCAGAGAGUGAAGAUAUUGUCAAGCACACACAAGCUUUUUUCAGAAAGCAAGGGGCAAAAAGGGGAGUGUUUCAUACAGCACAACAGAUUGAACUUGUUAGGCCUAUGGUUGAAGCUGUAGGGUGGCCGUUGCUUGCUACAUUCUCUGUUACUAUGGAGGAAGGAGAUAAUAAGCCUAGGGUUACACUAUGUAUGGAGGGUUUUAGGGCAGGCAUUCACAUUACUCGUGCACUCGGAAUGGAUACCAUGAGAUAUGCUUUUUUGACAUCUUUAGUGCGAUUAACUUUCUUGCAUGCCCCAAAAGAAAUGCGUAGUAAAAAUGUGGAGGCCUUGAAGACUCUCCUAACUAUAUGCGACUUGGAAAGAGACUCUCUAGAAGACACAUGGAACGCUGUGCUGGAAUGUGUUUCUCGGUUGGAAUAUAUCACCUCAACCCCAUCUAUAUCCGCAAGCGUCAUGAUGGGAUCAAAUCAAAUUUCCAAGGAUGCUGUUCUUCAAUCUCUGAAAGAGUUGGCUGGGAAACCAUCUGAGCAAGUAUUUGUGAACAGUGUGAAACUGCCUAGCGAUUCAGUUGUGGAGUUCUUCACAGCUCUGUGUGGUAUAUCUGCUGAGGAACUAAAGCAGACUCCUGCUCGUGUUUUCAGCCUGCAGAAAGUUGUUGAGAUCAGCUACUAUAAUAUGGCCCGGAUCCGCUUGGUGUGGGCAAGAAUAUGGUCUGUUCUGGCAAAUCAUUUUAUUUCAGCUGGGAGCCAUCAUGAUGAAAAGAUUGCUAUGUAUGCAAUCGACUCAUUAAGGCAGCUUGGUAUGAAGUAUCUGGAGCGUGCUGAGCUAACAAAUUUCACGUUUCAAAAUGACAUCUUAAAACCAUUUGUUAUUCUUAUACGGAGCAGUCGAAGCGAAUCUAUAAGGGGGCUGAUUGUUGAUUGCAUUGUUCAAAUGAUAAAGUCAAAGGUUGGAAACAUAAAAUCGGGGUGGCGAAGUGUGUUUAUGAUUUUCACAGCUGCUGCUGACGAUGAAGUUGAAUCCAUUGUUGAAAGUGCAUUUGAAAAUGUAGAACAAGUUAUCCUGGAACAUUUUGAUCAGGUAGUUGGAGACUGCUUUAUGGAUUGUGUAAACUGCCUUAUCGGGUUUGCCAAUAAUAAAAGCUCUCAUCGUAUAAGUUUGAAGGCCAUUGCUCUCCUUCGUAUAUGUGAAGAUCGUCUUGCAGAGGGUCUCAUACCAGGAGGUGCUUUGAAACCCAUCGAUGCUAAUGCAGAUACAGCAUUUGAUGUGACUGAGCACUACUGGUUUCCAAUGCUUGCGGGUUUGUCUGAUCUGACAUCAGAUCCCAGACUGGAGGUCAGAAACUGUGCACUUGAAGUCCUAUUCGAUUUGUUGAAUGAGAGAGGUCGAAAAUUCUCCUCGGCAUUUUGGGAGAGCAUCUUUCACCGCGUUCUUUUUCCCAUCUUUGAUCAUGUACGGCAUGCUGGAAAGGAGGGCAUAGAUUCCUCUGGCGAUGACUGGAUUCGUGAAACUAGUGUUCACUCGCUUCAGUUGCUCUGCAAUCUUUUUAACACAUUCUACAAGGAGGUCUGUUUUAUGCUGCCACCACUGCUCGGAUUGCUACUGGAUUGUGCUAAAAAAACAGAUCAAUCUGUGGUUUCACUCUCACUUGGUGCUUUGGUUCAUUUAAUAGAAGUGGGGGGACAUCAAUUCAGCGACAGUGACUGGGAUACUCUGCUGAAAAGCAUAAGAGAUGCUUCAUACGCAACUCAGCCAGUGGAGCUCCUCAACUCUAUAGGGUUCGAUAACACAAAGAGCAACAUGGUUCUAGCCAGAGGUCUAGAGAUCACCAUAGAUGAUAAUGCUUCUGGAAGACAUACUGACAAUGGACAUAUGGAUAGUCCAGGAAGAUACAUCGGCCAGGGAUCCCCAGGUAUCGGGAAUGAUAGUCCUGGGAGGAUUACCAGUCCAUCGAACUUGCAGGGAAAUCUCCAAGAGCUGGAAUCGCGGUCAAACUUGGAGGAAUCUGAAGGGUUGCCAUCACCGUCUGGGCAAGCUCAAAAGCCUGCUGAAGGUGGCAGUUUGCAGAGGAGUCAAACAUUAGGUCAAAGGAUUAUGGGAAACAUGAUGGACAACCUCUUGCUCAGAAAUCUAACAUCAAAAUCGAAAAGUCGUCCUUCAGAUGCCACGGCGGCGCUAUCUUCUCCUGUUAAGAUGCCAAAUGUCAUUGAAUCUGACUCUAAUAUUGAGGAAGAAAGUCCCCUGCUGAGAACAGUUAGGGCCAAAUGCAUCACUCAAUUACUACUGCUAGGUGCAAUUGAUAGUAUUCAGAAGAAAUAUUGGAACAAGCUGAAAGGGCCACAGAAGGUUAUUAUGAUGGACAUUUUGCUAUCUGUGUUAGAGUUUGCUGCUUCAUACAAUUCAUACACAAAUCUUAGAAUGCGUAUGCACCAUAUUCCUUCUGAAAGGCCGCCUCUGAAUCUUCUUCGCCAGGAAUUAGCGGGAACUUGCAUAUAUCUGGAUAUGUUACAAAAAAUAACUACAAAGUCUGAUUCUAACACUGAUAAGGCAGUGGAAGCAAAUGGUUCCUCUGCUGUUGAUGGAGAAGAGAAGCUAGAUGACAUAGCAGAAGAAAAGUUGGUGUCUUUUUGUGGACAAAUACUAAAGGAGGCAUCGGACCUCCAGUCUGGCACAGGUGAUGCUGCUAAUGUAGACACUCAUAGAGUUCUGGAGUUGCGAUCCCCAAUUAUUGUUAAGGUACUAAAUGGCAUGUGCCUAAUGAACUGUCAGAUAUUCAGAAAACAUCUGAGAGAGUUCUACCCUUUGUUCACGAAGCUCGUGUGCUGUGAUCAGAUGGAUGUUCGCGGAGCCCUUGGUGAUCUGUUCAGCUCGCAGUUGACUGUGCUCUUGCCGUAAUAGCCAGUCUCUGUACUGUACAAAGGAUGCCCUCUAUAUGAUUAAUUGUUUUUUUUGUCCGUCACAGAAAGUGUCCCAGGAUUUUGAGAUCUGUUUUUGUGUUCUCACAAUUUCAUCAAAUUGGGAUUAAGCUUGAGAUAAUCAAUCAAAUAACAAAUUACCAGUUCCGAGUAAAUCGAAUCAUCCAUCGGAUCAGUUCGAUUUUUAAGAAAUUGAUCAAACAACUACAACAAAAAAAAAAAGAAACAGAGCAACUUCUUCCAAAGAUUUCAUUCACUAAUUUUAUCUAUUAUGAAUUACGAAGAAUUUGA